CAGUCAGUUUACACAGCUGCACAGGUGAGCUGUCUGAAGACUUCUCCUGCUCCCUCUGAUUCCAGGAAGGAUCCAGUGUGGCUCAAGACUCCUGCAGCCCAGCAAGGAGCGCAGGAUGUUCCUGAAGGCUGUGGUCCUGACCCUGGCCCUGGUGGCCGUCACCAAUGCCCAGGCUGAGGUCAAUGCUGAGCAGGUGGCCAGCGUGGUGUGGGACUACUUCAGCCAGCUGAGUGACAAUGCCAAGGAAGCCGUGGAACAUCUCCAGAAGUCUGAACUCACCCAGCAGCUCAAUGCCCUCUUCCAGGACAAACUUGAGGACGUGAACACGUACGCGGGUGACCUGCAGAAGAAGCUGGUGCCCUUCGCCACGGAGCUGCACGAGCGCCUGACCAAAGACUCAGAGAAGCUGAAGGAGGAGAUUCGGAGGGAGCUGGAGGAGCUGCGGGCCCGGCUGCAGCCCCACGCCGUCGAGGUGAGCCAGAAGAUCGGGGGCAACGUGCGCGAGCUGCAGCAGCGCCUGGGGCCCUACGCCGACGAGCUGCGCGCCCAGGUCAACGCGCAGGCCGAGCAGCUGCGCGGCCAGCUGGGCCCCUACGCGCAGCGCAUGGAGAGGGGGCUGCGGGACAACGGGAACGCCCUGCAGGCCGCGCUGACGCCCUACGCCGACGAGCUCAAGACCAAGAUCGACCAGAACGUGGAGGAGCUCAAGGCGCGCCUCACGCCCUACGCCGACGAGCUCAAGGUCAAGAUAGACCAGACCGUGGAGGAGCUGCGCCGCAGCCUGGCCCCCUACGCGCAGGACGUGCAGGAGAAGCUCAACCACCAACUCGAGGGCCUGGCCUUCCAGAUGCGGAAGAACGCGGAGGAGCUCAAGGCCAAGAUCGCGACCAACGCCGAGGAGCUGCGGCAGAGGCUGGCGCCGGCGGCCGAGGACAUGCGCAGCCAGCUGCAGGGAAACGCCGAGGGGCUGCAGAAGUCCCUGGCGGAGCUGAACGACCACUUGGACCGGCAGGUGGAGCGGUUCCAGCGCAACAUAGAGCCCCAGGUGAAGAAGGUCAAGGAAGCUCUGGUGAAGCAGGUCGAGGAACUCAAGCAGAAGCUGGGCCCCCACGCGGGGGACGUGGAAGGCCAUUUGAGCUUCCUGGAGAAGGACCUGCGGGACAAGGUCAACUCCUUCUUCAGCACCCUCAAGGAGAAAGAGAGCCAGGACAAAAUCCUGGCCCUCCCCCAGUCGGAGCAGGUGCAGGUGCAGGCGCAGGCGCAGGCCCCUUUGGAGAGCUGAGCUGCCCCUUUGGAGAGCUGAGCUGCCCCUGGUGCCCUCGCCCCACCCCCGCGGACACCUGCCCUGCCCUGCCACCUGUCUGUUCGUCUGUCCCAAAGCAAUUCUGGUAUGAUCUUGAGGACACAUGUCCAGUGGGAGAUGACACCGCCUCUCACUACUCAAUAAACCCGCUGAGAGUCUAGCCU